AUGGUCCAGCGACGGCGACGACAGCGACGCAAUGCGGGUGCAGACGCGGACGCCGACGCGGAUGUGUCGACGCUGUGCCACAAUGCAUUCUUGUUCGCGGGCCGGCAGCGCCUUGAUGCAGCCAGCCCAGAAGCCCGCUGCGCAACCGUCUGCGCACAUUAUUUGCAAUAUCUCGACAGCAUUCCAGAGCUCGCCUUUGAUACACCCUGCGCACACAAUCGGCCUCCGACGAAUUUUGCAACCAGAAGCAAGCCUCCUUUCCCAUUCGUCCUUGACUCAGUCUCCAUGAUUACCAGAGAGGAUUCCCAAAUCUUCAACAUGGGUCGCGGCGCUUAUGACACCACUGGCUACCGACUGCCGAUCCACCGCACAGCGCCAGCGCAGUGCAGCUACCUUGCUGCUGCAUGCAUGAACCGCCCUGGCAUUCGCAUCUGCGCACCACUUCUCCGCCGCGCAAAUUCGACAACGACAACAUACCGCACACCGCACACCGCACAACACCACUUUUCGAUUCCGAGCAUAAUACCCUAUUGA